AUGAAUAAAUCUUCUGUAGACAUGAGCAUGGUGCUGCCGCACACUCUUGCUGCCAACAUCUCCUCGGCGAGUUCCUCCGAUGAAAAAAGGCAUUCACCGCGUCUCUUGCUGCUGCUACUGUUGUUGCUGCUCAUCCCGGCGGUGUGGGGGGCGUACCUUCUGGCGCGCUACUGUCGCAGAUGCCGCUAUCAUCGCCUCGCACGGCGUUUGAAGCUGUGGGGCGAGCGAAAGCCAGGAGAAGUGGACGACGUUGAGAUGGGAUACGCCAUUGGCGGUGGUGAGUGGUUAACGCAUCGAUACUACCCACAGAGCAGCAAUGUGGAUGGAAACACGCUGGCUCUCGAUCUGAGCGGUACGACAAAAGAGUUUGACCCUAUUUUCGAGGAGGCGCAGCAGCACGAAAAGCGACGAAUGUGGCGGCGCACCGUGGCCGAUGCUGCAAGCAACGUUAGCGGCGAUUUGGAGGGAGACAGAGAGGCUACGGCGGACAUGACUGAGAAUGCCUUACCCGAAGGGGAGGGGGAGGCUGUAGGGUCAUAUGAUGCUACAACGACACGUGUGUGGUUGAAGAAACUCGUCAGCGAGGAGUUCGCCAACAGCAGAAGCACAAACGACAACAACAACAAGAGUGGCACUGCAGUGCCGCCGAUGCCAGGCGGCGCGAGCGCGGUUGCAGGACCUCCAAGCCCCCGCGACCGCCAGUGGCGGGGCGGCAGCAGCAUACCUGUCGACCACCGGCGCCAUGAAAGCCGCGGCUUUGAGGACAUUUUGGCGACAGUGGCGCCGCCCGAGCCGCUCGCCGCCGCGCUUCAAAAUAAGAGCGGCAUGACGAAGGACACAUCCGCAUUUGUGGCGCACUCCGGCGAGAUAAAGGACAAGACCGAGGAAGAGGAAGAAGAAGAGGAAGAGGAAGAGGAAGAAGAGGAAGAGGAAGAAGAAAAGGAAGAUUAA